ACGCACCAAUCGUUUCAUGACAGGUCGACCUUCAAGUGCUCAGUAACCUCCAUCAGGGAGCGAAGCUACUGGAUGGUUGCCGUUUGACAAUGUCUCAGGCUGAUGCUGUUUUUCCGUCACUUGCUUUUCCUGAAUCUGAAAUCCUAAACAACAUGAUUUUAGUUGGAGAUGCUCACUUUCUUACUAGGCUUCAUAACUUUGAGAUUUUAUCUUCCGAACCAGUAAACAUCACCCCAUCCACAUCUGAUUACUUACAAAACGAAUUCAAAAACUUGUCCCUUAAGUUUGAUCAUUUGUAUGCUUCUACACAUAAAAACCUUAAAGUUCUUCAGGAACUCGACUCAGAACUGCAUUCAUUAGACAGAACCUUGACUGUGGACAAACGCUUGGAAUCUCUCGCGCCACUCACAGAUAUUAAAAAAGGGACAAAUAUCCGCACUAUAAAGUAUCAAACAGACUUAAUGAUGACUUUAAAAGAAAAAGAUCUAAAUCUUCUUAGUUUGGCUACUGGACAAGAUAAAUUCAUACAUGAUGAACUGGUUAGAGAUAUAAAGACAUUACGUACACGCAUAAAAUCAAUAAAAAACAAACCUAAAAGAAAACAAACUAUGUAUUGUCAAGAAUGGUAUGCCCAAAAACUUGGAAGAAUAGUUCAAAAUCCGUCCUGUGUUAUAUUGAGGUUUAAUACUAACGAGAGUCAACUGACAAAGAGUCUAGUUGAAAAACCUUUACUCCGCGGUUUUUUGAAAUAUGGAGAUUUCGGAACUAUAGCACUGACUAAUACCAGAGUUAUUGGCUGUCACAAUAGCAUAAUCAGUUUGUGUGAAUGUCUCACACCAACCCUCACUCCAAGUACAAUCGUAGCAUGCAUCCAGCAACAUCUGCGUGUAGACUUUAUCUUGAGAGAGGACAUAAAACGACUCAGUUCAAUGUAUCCACUUGACUGGGAUCCAGCUACACGCAAUCUUCACUUGCUAGCAGGUCAAGGGGUUAUGGCGACAGCGACUAUACAUAUAGCUCCGAACGGUUCAAUCAGUCUUGUGAAAAUUAGGAAAUCAUCCAAUCCAGAUCAUCCCAAUCCACAUUUGGCAGAACCACGUAAUUUUGUUCCACCGAUUUCGUGGUCUUUAGAUGAGUGGUUGAUGGAAAUCAAUGACUUUUGUAACUCAGUCAUCCCAACAAGCUAACUGACUAUUUUCAAUCUACUUAUGCAAUUCCAUCUCAAUUUUCUCACCCGACAAUACCUAUUUUUUUAACUGUGAGAUUAUUUCUAAUGCUUUUAAUAAAUGUACAUACCUGGUGCCACAAAUUCAUAAUUGACUUUGCAUGUAAAUAUGCUUUUCUGCACAUGUUUACAGCCAAACUAUAGCCUCUUGUGUAUGGAUACGGAACAUCCAGCGAGGAAUUGAUGUUUACCGUAUACUUUAGUAUGUGUGUCGACUGAGGCGGUUAAAAGUUAACUGCUGAUUCGAAUGACGCUUCAUCCAAUUUAGAUAUCUGGUGUAAUAGUUGUAUGCAAUAACAGAUUUUACUCAA